ACUGAUCCCAGAGCAGAAUGUCUCGGCAUCACUGCCGUGAGAACUGAAGAUGAUCUGACCGGUGUUUCCUGCUCAUGGAAAGUAAUGGAGGUGAAUGCUCCGAGAGGAAAGGAACACUCUUGGCCAAUAAUGUUCUCGCGCUGAUCGCUGCUCUCCUGUUGGGUCUUGGGGAAACGGCCGGCUCUUUUGAGAUGCUCAUUAUUGGUCGCUUCAUCAUUGGCAUGGACUCAGGUGUGUCUCUGAGUGUGUUGCCGAUGUAUCUAGGUGAGAUUUCUCCACGGCAGGUUCGUGGUUUCAUUGGUCAGUUUCACUCCAUCUUCAUUUGUCUGGGUGUUUUUAUUGGACAGGUGUUGGGCUUACCUGAGAUAUUUGGACAGGAAAGCAGAUGGAACUUUCUGUUUGGGUUCCUCGCUGUUCCAGCGAUGCUGCAGUUGUGUGUUCUGCCGUUUCUGCCCGAGAGUCCAAGAUUCCUGCUGAUGGAACGACGAGAUGAGGCUCGGGCCGAGAGAGUGCUCUGGAAAGGAACACUCUUGGCCAAUAAUGUUCUCGCGCUGAUCGCUGCUCUCCUGUUGGGUCUUGGGGAAACGGCCGGCUCUUUUGAGAUGCUCAUUAUUGGUCGCUUCAUCAUUGGCAUGGACUCAGGUGUGUCUCUGAGUGUGUUGCCGAUGUAUCUAGGUGAGAUUUCUCCACGGCAGGUUCGUGGUUUCAUUGGUCAGUUUCACUCCAUCUUCAUUUGUCUGGGUGUUUUUAUUGGACAGGUGUUGGGCUUACCUGAGAUAUUUGGACAGGAAAGCAGAUGGAACUUUCUGUUUGGGUUCCUCGCUGUUCCAGCGAUGCUGCAGUUGUGUGUUCUGCCGUUUCUGCCCGAGAGUCCAAGAUUCCUGCUGAUGGAACGACGAGAUGAGGCUCGGGCCGAGAGAGCAUUCCAGGUGUUUCUGGGUCGUACUGACGUGUCUCGUGAGCUGGAGGAGGUUCACGCUGAGAGCCGAGCUCAGAGCACACAGCGGGCGGCGGCGGCGCUGGAUUUGCUCCGGAAGCGAGCGGUCCGCUGGCAGCUCAUCACCGUGGUUGUGGUCAUGAGUUGUUAUCAGCUCUGUGGACUCAACGCUAUCUGGUAUUACACCAACGGCAUCUUUGAGGAUGCUGGAUUUACAAAGUCCCUCAUUCCCUACAUCACGCUCAGCACGGGCGGCAUCGAGACGCUGGCGGCCAUCAUAUCGGGUUUAGUGAUCGAGAGAGUUGGACGCAGGCCGUUAAUAAUCUUUGGCUUUUCAGCGAUGGCUGUCUGCUUCAGUCUUCUGACAGUCUUCCUGAAUUUUCAGGAUCGAUUCUCAUGGAUGCCGUAUCUCAGCUUUGUCUCCAUUCUCGCUCUGAUUGCUUCUUUCUGCUCUGGCCCAGGUGGCAUCCCGUUUGUUUUGACUGGUGAACUUUUUGAACAGGCCAAUCGUCCGGCUGCGUUCAUGAUCGCUGGAACGGUGAACUGGCUGGCAAACUUUGCUGUAGGACUCCUGUUUCCCUUCAUACAGGAGGCGCUGCAGACGUUUGCCUUCCUGCUGUUUGUGGUGGUGUGUGUGGCCGGUGCCGUUUACCUGCUCCUCGUUCUGCCAGAGACCAAAAACAAAACCUUUAUGGAGAUCAGCCAGAGUUUUGCCAAGAUGAACGGAGUGUCGGAUCAGACGGACACAGAGAUGCAGGACGCUCUGGAGCGCAGCGGACGCCAGCAGACCGACACACACGCAGCCAACAGCAUCAAACACACUGACACGGAAAUGGAAAAUUCAUUCUGAAGAGUUUGUACUGCAGAAUAACUUUAAAAACACAACAACAGCUGAGUGUGACGCUGCGAACGAAUGUGAACUCCGAAGAGAUUCUGAUGUUCGGUUUAAAGUCAUCAGUAGAUUUUUAUUUGACAUCAGUUGAGAAACAUUAUCAUAUGCGUGUUUCCUUCUUCAGACUAAAUUCCUCAGAAAACACAAAGUGUUUAACCAGAAUGUCUGUUGUUUUAUAAUAAUUCAAUUCAAUAACUCAAAGCGCUUUACAGCAAACCAUAAGAACACCGUACAAAGAUAAAAGUUAUUCAAUAAACAAUACAACAUAACAUGAAUAAUCAAGUAAAAGCAAUCGUAAAAUAAAAUGUUUUAAGAAGAGAUUUAAAAAUAAUGUUGGUUUAAUUUAAUUAUGGUGGUUUUGAAAGUGUGUGUGUAGGAAUUCUUUAAAAUAAUAAAAUUCACAGCGAUAGAACUGAUGAUCUUUGGGUCCUGAUUCUGCAGAACAUCAUGAAAUUAAAAACUCAUUCUUCCCAGAGGUCCUCUCAAUUUCAAUUUAAAAGAGCAAUGUGGGAUGUUUAGGAGGAUCUAUUGACAAAUACAAUAUAAUAUACAAAACUCGGCACUAGGGUGAUGACACUAAGUACUAAUGGGCAGUCGUGGCCUAAUGGUUAGAGAGUCGGACUCGUGACCAGAAGGUUGCCGGUUCAAUUCCAGGGUAACGACUGAGGUGCCCUUGAGCAAACCUACUUGCUCCCCGGGCGCUGCAGUGAUAGCUGCCCACUGCUCCGGGUGUACGUGUGGUCACCACUUGCUGUGCGUGUGAUCACUACUCUCUGGAUGGGUUAAAUGCAGAGGUCACAUUUCGGGUAUGGGUCACCAUAUCUGACUAAUAGGUCACUUUAAUGAAUCUAACCAACCCCCAUGAGUCUUAAGAUGUUAAGAUACAGAGUUAUAGGGCUUACUAAACGGUUGCUGGGCUAAUGUAUUUGGUUGCUAUGGGCGUGGCUUGGCAUAUGCCAACUGAUGAUGCUUCAACCCACAAGUGAAACAAACCAACCCCCAUCUCUCUAUGAUGUUCUGAUGAAGAGAUGUAGGUGUUGUUAAACGGUUGCUAAGUUAAGAUGUUUUGUUGCUAUGGGCUGCUAUGGGCUUCGUGGCUUAAUGAACU